AUGCUGGGAGGUGCGAUGAACGCGGACUCGGUCUACUCACGCAAGACCCCGUCGGUCCAGUCAGACAGCCACUCGCACUCCAGAUCGAGAUCCUCCUCCGUCAACAGUACCCCCACCUCGACCACCGCCCCGCCAGCCUCUGGUUCGGGCUCGACUCGGCUUCCCGCCCAUGCAAACGAGAUCCUCCCCGCCUACAUCAAUUCCCAAACUCCUUCACUCCCCUCCUCGAGAACCACUCCCUCCGACACCCCCUCCCACUAUCCCCCGCCAUCGAUGACCUCACACUCCCACUAUGGCAUUCCGCCCGACCACCCGUCCCACUCCAACUCACACACUCCCCAGUACUCUCAUCACCCGCAGAUGGGCCACCAUAUCGCAACGGCCGAUUCCAUGACUUCCGCUCCAAACCCUUACCCUCAAGCCUCCCCGGACUCGCCACGCUUACAACCGACCUUUCGAUCUAUGCAAUCACUAGGAGGCUCUGAAGCAAACUCACCCAGUCGCAUCCGGGUCCGCAGCUUGUCUCACAUUCAGAGUCUGGCCAGUGAAGAAUUCCUGCACCAGCCGCAUCGAUCUCGCAUCCCCGGCCAUGGAUCCCAACCCCGGCAGUUUGAGAUCAGCUCGAUGCCCGUCACGGACAUCAUUGAGAUGGUUGCGGGUCUCCUCACCAAGAUCACGACUACCAACGAUAUGCACCACGAGCAUGCUACCAGUGUGCUUGCUUUCCACGGUAAGAACGUGCCAAGCAUCACCAUCCUGAGCUAUCUCACUCGCAUCCACAAAUACUGUCCCACCACCUACGAGGUGUUCCUCAGCUUGCUGGUCUAUUUCGACCGCAUGACCGAGCUGGUCAACCGAGACCAACUGGGCCAUGUACAUCAUCGGUAUACCUCCACUCCCGGUGAUCUAUCUAGCUCAACAUCUACCGAGUCACUUGCGGCACAUCCACAGCGUCAGGAGCAGGAUUCUUCGAUGGUGACGCCACCGUCUUCAACCCGCAUGACGGGCCAGGACCCGAGUCCCAACUCUACCAUCUCACCGGCCCUCUACCCCCAGGGUGAAGACGAUAACCUCUCCCAUUUCUUCGUCGUCGAUAGCUUUAACAUCCACCGACUGGUCAUCGCGGGCGUGACCUGUGCGAGUAAAUUCUUCUCUGAUGUGUUUUACACCAAUUCUCGAUAUGCAAAGGUUGGAGGCCUCCCUCUGGUAGAACUGAAUCAUCUCGAGCUUCAGUUCCUCAUGCUCAAUGACUUCCGACUCGCCAUUCCAGUGGAAGAAUUAGAGUCCUAUGGGACCAUGCUGGUCGAGUUCUACGCACGUGAGAUUGUCGCCCAACAGCAACAGAAACAACAAUCUAUACCCCAACCCAUCAAUCCUGCUUCAGACUCCGCCGCCGAUGCCAUGUAUAUGCGGUCCCGCGACAAGCGCCGGGAUCAACCGGACUUCGGUCAGACUCCGACUCCACCUUGA